AAGGAUAUUCGGGCAAAUGUUUUUAUACAGGCGCGCCGUACUUUUGGAGAUGCCAGUGGCGUGGUGCUGAAACGGCUUGAGGAAAAUACCCCACAAAGGGAAGAAACGCACACUCCAGGAAUCACGGACACACACACACACGCACACACAGACACACACACACGCACGCACACACCAGGAACCCAAGCCUGGCUUUGACAGAAACGUUGCAGUGUGGGACUACCCGAGAUGAAAACUGAGGUUGGUGUUAUCUGACCUCGGCCAAACCAGCUGGUUUACAGGAGAAAAACGCAUUGGACUUGAUCCGGCAAUGUGGUGUUUUGCUGGGGCUAUCAUUGCAGCAGUCCGUGCAUAGGAUGCAUCCUCCCUUGGCUUUUGAUGCUGUGCAGAUCCACCCUCCUCUCCUCAGAGUGAUGAACUAAUAGGCAAUGGUUUUCUCCUCGGAAAUCCGCCGCGUUCCACUGUUUUCACGUUAGUUGUGUUUGUUUACUGGCGGCCCGUCUCUCCUCCCGGUGCGACACAUGCAAUUCAUAGAGUAUAUUUUCUAUUAUCGACUAGUUGAGGAGGCAUUCUUUAUACGCCAGAAGAAGAAAGCACACCAUUAUUACGAAGUCUGACAGACACUGAAUAUUUUGCCACGUGAAUGAAAACGCAUAGGACUUGGAUAUACCUAUUUUUCUAUGAUACAGUUGGUCGCCGUGUCCUGGAGAACUGAUCCAAUUGUGUUAUUAUGCAACCGCAGGGAUCUCAUCUAUAUCUGGGUGUUUAAGCCACUGGAUUGCUCUUCGCCCAAAUCAAUGUGGUUUCUUUGGAACAUUUUCAGCAAAGGAACGCAUAUGCUGCAGUGUCUUUGUGGCAAGAGUCUCAAGAAAAACAAGAAUCCAAGUGAUCCCCAGCUCAAGGGUAUAGUGACCAGGUUAUAUUGCAGGCAGGGAUACUACUUGCAAAUGAAUCCCGAUGGCUCUCUUGAUGGGACCAAGGAUGACAGCAGCAAUUCCUCUUUGUUCAACCUUAUUCCUGUGGGCCUCAGAGUUGUUGCCAUUCAGUCCGUGAAGACAGGGUUAUACAUCGCCAUGAACGGGGAGGGCCACCUGUACACAUCAGAACUCUUCACAGCGGAGUGCAAGUUCAAAGAGUCGGUGUUUGAGAACUACUAUGUGAUCUACUCAUCCAUGUUGUACAGACAACAGGAGUCGGGGAGAGCUUGGUUCAUAGGGCUCAAUAAAGAAGGCCAAGCCAUGAAGGGGAACCGAGUGAAAAAAACAAAACCAGCUGCUCACUUCCUGCCCAAGCCAUUAGAAGUUGCUAUGUACAGAGAGCCAUCGUUGCAUGAUGUUGGAGAGACAGUGCCCAAGGCGGCAGUACCUCCCAGUAAAAGCACAAGUGAGCCGGCGGUGAUGAAUGGAGGUAAACCUGUCAGCAAGCCCGACAAGCCCACCACAUAGCCACACCUGACCAGUGCCCAGUGUGUGUGUGUGUGUGUGUGUGUGUGUGUGUGUAUGUGGAGGUGGAGGGGGAGGGGGGGUACGCGUGUGACGGAGGCAGGGCUUUUCCUGACUGGACUCCAGACCCUCCUUCGUCUGUGGAUCAGAUCCAGGCGAACCUUCCUUCAUCUCUUCUCUUGCUCCUCCUCCUCUUUCUCCGCCUCGUCCUUCUUUUCUCCAGCCGUGGUCUCAGCAUGGGCGGAUGGAUUCUGAGGCGGCUGAGUUUCUCCAGCACAGGAGGGAAGAGGACCUCUGAUCAAGGAAUGCCUUUAGAUUCCUCUGAGACUGUGAGAAUUCAUGUGAAUAACGCGUGUUUCACAACCACGCUCGUGGUACUUUGCUUGCUGACGGUUCAUCCAAGAAACCUUCCCCUUCUCUAUAAUGCCCUGUUGGAGCAGAGUGUGUGUACCUUCAGAUCUAUUUUCUAUACCACAGUUCACCAGCUAUGUUCUGGGAUAGAGACUGUAUAGAUAGAGUAAAUAUUUGGACUGUCGUCCUCUAUUUUUUACGAGUAUGUUCCCCUCCUUCUCUUUCUAUCUCUAGUCACACACUUUUCUCUUUGUCAAGUAACCUAGAAAAGAUUAAAACAUUUUGCAAGGGAGUUGUGUGAUUUUCUAAGAAACACAUUCACACAGAUAUGACAUAAAAACAAACAAAUACAAAAAAAAAAAAAAACUAUCCAAAUUUUCUUCUUGCCUACAACAUGCACACACACUGACAGACACGAAGUUUGUUGGGAAAAUCAGAAAUGUUGCUUUUUUUUUUUUCACAGCCGAUAAAGACACACUGGAGGCUGGCAGAUAGCUCCUGCAAUCAUAGCUGAUGAAGUGCUAAUUACCGCCACUGCAAUCAAUUCUAGGGAGCUCCCUACACACAUACAAACACACACGCACAUGUAAACAGAUGUGCGUGUGGGUGGGAGAGCGCUGGAAGGAAUGGGGUAUACAUAUCACUAUCUAAGUCCCACCAGCGGUUCAGUCCGCCUUCUCUGGUAAAUAGAAAACCUGAAGUCUAUUUUUCUUUAAUCUUAUUUCAGAGCGUGGGCUCUAGGAAUAUCUCUAGGCCUUGUAGGCCUCUGUCCCUCACUCGCUGACUUCUGUGGACUAUAAGGCAAGGCUUGUGGCUUUGACCCAGAUGGUCUAUAACUGCAGCACUGGCAGCCAUCUUAUGGCAGCGCCUACUUAAAGCCAGAAAACAACAUGGCUGAAAACCAGUAGGCGACAUUUAUACUGGCUGCAUCCCUAUUUGGUUCAGCAAACUAAAGCAUGGGCAAGGUUAAUAUUGUGUUCUCUCUUCUUGCAGCAGUUAUACAAGAGAUGGCUUAUAUUGUAACAUUUUCACUGUAUAAAACUUAGGGAAAAUGACUAUUAAAAAUCAUAACUUUUUAAAUGACUAGAUAUUAUUAUUAUUAUUAUUAUUAUUAUUAUUACGAUAAGAGGAUUUGUCUCCUAGCUCAGCAUGCAGAGUCCAGUACUGAUCAUCUUGGCCUGUCACGUGCCUGUUUGGACCUUGAUUCCCGGCAUGCAAAAACAGGUUCCCAGUCCCCACUGGGCCAAAGGUGCCUCACCCACCCGAUACAUCCAUGUAGAGGACACGUAGCAUUAUCCAUUGAGAAACUACACUCAGAUGUAUACAUUCUGAAAUGACCAAAGUCUUUUUUCAUCCCAAGAAGAACUGAACUCUUUAAUCUUUAAAAAAAAAAAAAAAAAAAAA